UUCAUUGGUCAACUGUUGCGUUUGCUCGUGUGCAACAAUGAGAAGAUUGGCUUGAAUAUACAGAAAAAUGUUAAAGAGUUGAUUGGUGAGGAAAUGACACCACAACUUUAUCCCAUACUCUUUGAUCAGAUACGUUCGAUUGUUGAGAAGUUUUUCGAUCAGCAGGGGCAAGUGAACGUUACCGAAAUCAAUACACUAUUCAUCGAACAUGUUAUUUACAUUAUGAAAUCCAUAUUGGAUCCUAAAUCCACCAAAGACCCAAACAACGAACAAGCGGCCUCUUCAGAGUACCUGAGUGUGACGAGCAUUGAGGGCAUGAUGCUGGGCAUUGUGCGAUAUGUGCGUCAUCUGGAUAUGACUGUAUUUGCAAUACGUACGAAGACAAGACUCUGCACAUUGGUAGAGGUGAUGAUGAAGCGACGUGAUGAUUUGGCAUUCCGUCAAGAAAUGAAAUUCCGCAACAAAUUAGUAGAGUACCUGACCGAUUGGGUGAUGGGCACCACGCACCAGAUAGCGCCAUCGAAUUCAAAUGAACCAACGCCUUCCAAUCCCUCCACAAUAUUCCGCGACCUCGAUCAAGCCUGCAUGGAAGCUGUAGCCGCAUUGCUACGCGGCCUACCCCUCCAGCCAGAGGAGUCAGAUCGCGGCGACUUAAUGGAUGCCAAGAGCGCGCUAUUUCUCAAGUAUUUUACACUCUUCAUGAACCUAUUGAAUGACUGCAUUGACAGCUCUGAGGCUGAGAAGGAGCUUAAUAAUCCACCACUACUUCCACCUCGCCCACCUGUACAAGGCAACAAACUUACCGCACUACGUAAUUCUACUAUACAAGCUAUGUCCAACCUAUUGGGCGCCAACAUAGACUCAGGCCUCAUGCAUUCUAUCGAUCUGGGCUAUAAUCCUGACUUGCAAACGCGCGCCGCAUUCAUGGAGGUGCUCACACAAAUCUUGCAACAAGGCACUGAGUUUGAUACGCUUGCCGAGACGGUGUUAGCCGAUCGCUUUGAGCAGCUAGUGCAGUUGGUUACAAUGAUAUCGGAUAAGGGUGAGCUGCCGAUUGCUAUGGCGCUAGCAAAUGUGGUGACCACUUCACAAAUGGAUGAGUUGGCGCGUGUGCUGGUCACACUGUUCGAUGCCAAGCAUUUGUUGUCGCCACUAUUGUGGAAUAUGUUCUAUCGUGAAGUGGAAAUAUCCGAGUGUAUGUCGACACUGUUUCGUGGCAAUUCGCUGGGCAGUAAAAUAAUGGCAUUCUGUUUUAAAAUUUAUGGCGCCAGUUACUUGCAGAAUUUGUUGGAGCCGCUUAUACGGCCGCUACUCGAUGAUCCGAACACCAGCUAUGAGGUGGAUCCGGCGCGGCUUGAGCCGGGUGAAGACUUGGAGCGAAACAAGGAAAAUCUGAUGGCGCUUACCAAACGAUUUUUUGAUGCGAUACUGAACUCAGUGGAUCGUUUUCCCUCACAAUUGCGCUCUAUGUGCCACUGCCUCUAUCAGGUGCUGAGCAAACGCUUUCCCACUGUGCUGCAAACCAAUAUCGGCGCCGUUGGCACUGUAAUUUUUCUGCGCUUCAUCAAUCCGGCAAUUGUCUCACCACAAGAGCUCGGCAUUGUUGGCCGCCAAGUGCCCGCUUCGGUCAAGCGCGGUCUUAUGUUGAUGUCGAAAAUUUUGCAAAAUAUUGCCAAUCAUGUUGAAUUCUCCAAAGAGCAGCAUAUGGUUUCUUUCAAUGAUUUUCUACGUACGCGCUUUGAACAGGGUCGUCACUUCUUCGUACAAAUUGCUUCGGAUUGCGAGACUGUUGAUCAGACUUCGCACAGCAUGAGCUUCAUCUCGGAUGCCAAUGUACUGGCGCUGCAUCGCCUGCUCUGGACCCAUCAGGAACGCAUUGGCGACUAUUUAUCCAGCAGUCGUGACCAUAAGGCGGUUGGGAGACGGCCAUUCGAUAAGAUGGCUACACUGUUGGCUUACCUGGGACCGCCGGAGCAUAAGCCCGUGGACUCGCACAUGAUGUUCUCAUCGUAUGCACGCUGGAGUUCCAUCGAUAUGUCAUCAACGAAUUUCGAAGAAAUUAUGGUUAAACAUCAAAUGCACGAAAAGGAGGAGUUUAAAACUUUGAAAACAAUGAAUAUUUUCUAUCAAGCGGGCACAAGCAAGUCUGGUUUCCCAGUAUUUUACUACAUCGCAAGGCGUUACAAAAUUGGCGAAACGAAUGGCGAUCUCCUCAUCUAUCACGUUAUACUCACGCUCAAACCUUUCUGUCACUCGCCCUUCGAAGUAAUCAUCGAUUUCACGCACACCUGCUCGGAUAAUCGCUUCCGCACAGAGUUUCUACAGAAAUGGUUUUAUGUGCUGCCAACCGUUGCUUACGAAAAUGUGUACGCUGUUUACAUUUACAACUGCAAUUCGUGGGUGCGCGAAUAUACCAAAUUUCAUGAUCGCAUACUAGCGCCGUUAAAGGGCAACCGUAAACUAGUGUUCCUAGAUACACCGAAUAAACUGAAUGAAUUCAUCGACACCGAACAACAAAAACUGCCAGGUGCCACACUAUCACUGGAUGAAGAUCUGAAGGUCUUCAGCAAUGCACUCAAACUGAGUCACAAAGAUACCAAAGUGGCCAUAAAAGUUGGUCCCACUGCAUUACAAAUCACAUCAGCUGAGAAAACCAAAGUAUUGGCACACUCAGUGCUGCUCAACGAUGUUUAUUAUGCCUCGGAAAUUGAAGAAGUUUGUCUCGUGGAUGAUAACCAAUUUACGCUUUCAAUUACCAAUGAAAGCGGGCAGCUAAGUUUCAUACACAACGAUUGUGACAACAUUGUACAAGCCAUUAUACAUAUACGCAAUCGAUGGGAGUUGAGUCAACCUGACUCGGUGACGGUGCAUCAGAAAAUACGUCCCAAAGAUGUGCCGGGCACGCUGCUCAAUAUGGCAUUACUUAAUCUUGGCUCUUCUGAUCCGAAUCUGCGCACUGCCGCCUACAAUUUGCUUUGUGCGCUCACCGCUUCCUUUGAUCUGAAAAUCGAGGGGCAGCUGCUGGAGACAUCUGGCCUAUGCAUACCAUCGAACAACACUAUUUUCAUUAAAUCUGUCAGUGAGAAACUGGCCACUAAUGAGCCACAUUUGACGCUGGAGUUUCUGGAGGAGUGCAUACAAGGUUUCCAGCGCAGCACAAUUGAGUUGAAGCAUUUGUGUUUGGAAUAUAUGACGCCGUGGUUGAAGAAUUUAGUGAAAUUCUGUAAAUCCAACGAUGAUGCCAAAAAAUUGAAGGUGUCACAAAUUCUAGAUAAGCUGAUAUUGGUCACCAUUGAGCAGAAGGAAAUGUAUCCAUCAGUGCAAGCGAAGAUUUGGGGUUCGAUUGGCCAAAUACCCGAGCUAAUCGAUAUGGUGCUCGAUAAUUUCCUACACAAAUCCAUUACAUAUGGCUUGGGUUCGCCACAUGUGGAGAUUAUGGCUGACACAGCAGUGGCGCUAGCUUCUGCCAAUGUGUUACUCGUUUCGAAGAAAAUUAUAACGCGCAUGUGUCGCGUCAUGGACAAGACCUGUACAAAUCCAACACAGUUCCUGGAGCAACAUAUGAUGUGGGAUGACAUUGCCAUACUGGCGCGUUACCUGCUCAUGUUGUCGUUCAACAAUUGUCUCGAUGUGGCCACGCAUUUGCCCUAUCUUUUUCAUAUUAUCACGUUUUUGGUCUGUUCCGGCUCAGUGUCUAUGCGUGCUUCCACACACGGACUGGUCAUCAACAUCAUUCACUCGCUAUGUACCUGCACUAAACCGACUUUCUCCGAGGAGGCCCAACGUGUACUGCGUCUAUCGCUUGAUGAAUUCUCUCUAUCAAAAUUCUAUUUACUCUUCGGCAUAAGCAAGGUAAAGUCGGCUGCUGUGACCGCCUUCCGUUCCAGUUGCCGCCAUCCAUCCGACAAGUGGUUGGGCAAUGAGCGUGUUUCGCAACCAUUGCCAGCUGAUCGCGAACGUCUCUCUUUACCCUCACUGGAAGUAAUUGCCGAUGCAUUGCUCGAAAUAAUGGAGGCUUGCAUGCGCGACGUGCCCGAUUGCCAGUGGCUGCAGACGUGGACGUCGUUAGCGCGUUGUUUCGCAUUCUGCUACAAUCCAGCGCUUCAACCGCGUGCGCUCAUAGUUUAUGGUUGCAUUAGCAAGAGUGUUACCGAUCAGGAAGUGAAACAAUUGUUGCGCAUACUAGUAAAAGCGUUGGAGUCAUUCAAUGACAUCAUACUCAUAGAGGCAUUGGUUAUGUGCUUGACACGCAUACAACCACUCCUGCGACCUGAAUCACCCAUACAUCGCGCGCUCUUCUGGGUCGCUAUAUCUGUGUUGCAAUUGGACGAGGUCACACUGUAUGGCGCCGGUCUUGCGUUGCUCGAACAAAAUCUGCAUACACUAAAGUCGCAAGGCUGCUUCGAGCAUGAGAGCAUUGCUGAUGUUAUGAUGAAUACGCGCGAGAAACUCGAGUGGCAUUUCAAGCAGUUGGAUCAUGCGGUGGGCCUAUCGUUCCGCAGCAAUUUUCAUUUCGCACUUGUUGGCCAUUUGCUAAAAGGUUUUCGUCAUCCCACACCCACAACUGUCUCACGUACAUCGCGCGUGCUCACCAUGCUGCUGGGCAUUGUCGCCAAACCGUUGCGUCGUGACAAGUUCGAAGUCACACCGGAUAGCGUUGCCUAUUUGACGGCGUUGGUCGCCGUUUCGGAAGAAGUACGCUCGCGCUGUCACGUUAAGCAUGCCAUACCGCGUUGGCCCGCCGAUUUGAGCAUAAUGGAAAAUGGCGAAACGGCUUUGAAUGGCAACCAGAAUACUCUCGGCAUGCCGCUUUCGCGUCGCCAAAAGUCGUGGGACAUUCUUGAUCAGUCUGCUUUGCAAUUUGCUCGUCAUCACAAAGGCCCUACACAUCAG